CCCUGUUCAGUUUCUAUGUCAAGCAAGCAUGCCAGAAUGGUGAUCAGAUUUCACUUUAAAGUCAUGAUGAUCUGCUAAUCUAGUUAGCAACAGGUUUCAAGAAGCAUAUUGUACAGAUUUCUUAAGUGUACACAGGAGGUUAAUCAAGUGCAAUUUUGGAAAAUAACACUAUUUUUCAUUAAGAAUUUUAAUCAUUUGUUCCAUUUUUACCAGAAUAACAUUAAAAGGAUAUUUGAAAGAAUUAUUUAAGCUAUAACAACAUAUAUGUGGAUUCUUCACAUCAAAAGUAUAUGAGCUGAAAAUUAACUUCAAAAGUGGAUAUAUAUAUACAAUAUUUUCCAAUAUGGCGGAUUUGGACUUUCACAGAAAAUGUAUAUCAAACAUGUGUAGAAUUUGUGGAUCAAGAGCACAGACUUUCUAUCAGGUAAAAACAAAAGUUACUCCAUAUUUGGCUCAAAAUAAUAAAGAUAUGAUUCUCAAGUUUUAUGGCAUUGACAUUUCAAAUGAUUCCAAAGAUAUCUACCCUGUCAAGAUAUGUCAAGUUUGCUACUCUCGAAUGUGGAACUUUUAUCGAGACUCACAAAAGUCGUUCUCAGAUUUUGAGAUAUUUCACUAUGUAAAGCACACUUCAGACCCUUUAUGUAAAACAUGUGCAAAAUAUUCAGAGGGAAGUAAAACUGGACGAAAGAAAAAGAACAAAAGAGGGAAAAUAAUGGAUAGAGUAUCGCAACCCGCAUUGAGUGAAGAGGCUCCAUGUGAUCUAGUAUUGUCAGAGUAAAUCCCACAUAUAAUACCUGUGUGUCAUUCUCCAGAACACCCUCUCCCAAAUACUAUAUCUAGUACCCCUCUAUCUGAUGUACCCUCUACCAUCAUCCCCAAGAAAAAGCUAAAGAAAAAAAUAUCAGACACAUUUGAUGAAGAGACAUUGUUGUCAGAUACUGCCUCAAAUCUAAAGCAAAUACCUGGCUGUUGCGAAUCAGAAGGCCCUCCCUUGACAAGCACCCCAUUACCAUCUACAAGUGCCAAGAGAUGAUGAAUUUCAAAUGAAAUAAAUGUA